UCACAAGCAGUCUCAUGCCUCGGGAAGCCCCCAACUCCAACACCACCAAAAACAGGGAAAGUACAGAGACCUGCGGGCCAGAGUCACAAGCAGUCUCAUGCCUUGGGAAGCCCCCAACUCCAACACCAAAAACAGAGGGAAAGUACAGAGACCUGUGGCCAGAGUCACAAGCAGUCUCAUGCCUCGGGAAGCCCCCAACUCCAACACCAAAAACAGAGGGAAAGUACAGAGACCUGUGGCCAGAGUCAAAAGCAGUCUCAUGCCUUGGGAAGCCCCCAACUCCAACACCAAAAACAAGAGGGAAAGUACAGAGACCUGCGGCCAGAGUCACAAGCAGUCUCAUGCCUCGGGAAGCCCAACUCCAACACCACCAAAAACAGAGGGAAAGUACAGAGACCUGUGGGCCAAAGGACAGAGUGAGAGGUUAGGUCGUCAUCGCGACAGGCCCUUGGGUUUGAGGAGAGGAGACACUAAGGGACAUGGCCAAGCCCCUCCCCUCUACUCAUCUAUUGGUGGUGGCACUCCAGCUGUGUCUAGUACUACGCCACCAUGCCCGCGGGGCGGCAUAUUAUGGGCACAAGCAGCCGCAGCAGCACCUUCCCCAGCAGCACCUUCCCCAGCAGCACCAGCCCAUGCAACAGAUACCUCACAUGCCCCUAGGGAACGGGUAUGGGAACGGGAAUGGGAACGGGAAUGGGGACGGGCUGCCCAAGCAACAAUACGGGAAGGAAAUGCCACAACAUAUGCCAUAUGGCAAAGAGAUUCCAUAUGUGCUACCACAGUAUGGGCAAGAGCUUCCACAGAUGCUUCCACAGAUGCACGAACAACCCCAGAUGCCACCCAAUAAGGGCAAGGGAAAAGGUCAGUCAUAUCCCAGUAAUGGGAAAGGCCUUGGAGGCCCACCACCUGAUGAUAGGGGACUACAGGGUCCUGGUCCCGAGGGGCCACCAGGAGCCCAAGGGCCUCCAGGACCACAGGGCCCUCCAGGGAUGCUAGGUCAAGGGAUGCCCGGCCCCCAUGGAAAACCAGGCCCUCCUGGUCCCCAAGGGUAUCCUGGGAUAGGAAAACCAGGAAUGCCGGGAAUGCCCGGUAAACCUGGUGGAGGUGGCCAGCCUGGUCCGAAGGGCGACCUUGGUCCUGGUGGGGAUGUAGGACCAAUGGGGAUGCCUGGGGGGCCAGGUCUUCCAGGGCCACCAGGCCUGCCAGGCAUCGGGAAGCCAGGGGGUCAGGGACUGCCUGGGCAGCCUGGGCCUCGAGGGGAGCCUGGACACAAGGGCAUACCUGGAUUGCCUGGUCUUCCUGGGCCCAAGGGAGACAAAGGGAUUGGCUUGCCAGGAUUGCCAGGUUUGAAAGGACCUGGUGGACCUCCUGGGCCUCCUGGUCAAGGGGGUUUGCCAGGGGUUGGAAAACCAGGUCUGAAUGGACUACCAGGAUUGCCCGGGGGGGCAGGAAAACCAGGCCCACCUGGAGAAGGAGGACUUGCUGGUCCACCAGGUGAAGGGGGAGAACCAGGACCACCUGGGCUACCAGGUAUUGGCAAGCCCGGGCAUGAUGGUUUGCCAGGACAACCAGGGUUCCCAGGCGGUAAAGGGGAAUCAGGCCCACCAGGUUUGCCAGGGGGCUCAGGCCUACCUGGUUACGGAAAGCCAGGAUAUCCUGGACCAAAAGGAGACAAAGGACAUGGAGGUUUUUCUGGAGCUCCAGGCCCAAAAGGUGACAAAGGUCAUGGAGGUCUCCCAGGGCAGGAAGGCCUUCCUGGACCCAACGGGCCACCGGGCCUGCCCGGUACCAUUGGGCCACCUGGGGGUCUUGGUUUCCCAGGUCCGAAGGGAGAAGGUGGCAAUGGAGGGCCAAAGGGGCUGCCAGGUCCUAAAGGUGAGCCAGGGCCUCCAGGGCUUCCUGGACAGGGUGGGUAUCCUGGAGAGGGUGGUCAACCAGGACCGAGAGGUAUACCAGGGCCACUGGGUCCGAAAGGGGAUAACGGCCACAAAGGGUUACCUGGCCUCCCUGGAGCUCCUGGAAUGCCCGGUUCAAGGGGAGAAGGUGGAAUGCCUGGAGAAAAAGGUCACCAGGGACCCAAGGGAAUCCCUGGAAAUUUUGGUCCAGGUGGGCCACUUGGUCCUCCCGGUCUUCCUGGGCCAAAAGGCGAGCUUGGUCCUCCAGGGAAACCUGGCUACCCCGGCGAAGGUAAACCUGGUGUUCCAGGCGCUUUAGGGCCCCAAGGGAAACCUGGCAACGGUGGACCCCCUGGUCAGCCUGGACAACCAGGACAACCUGGUCCCCCUGGCCCACCCGGACCCCCCACCCAACCACCUGGUCUUGGUGAAAUCCUCCCUGAGCUGGGUCCUGGUCUGGACGGUCUUAAACAAGGCGGUUACAAGAAACCAAAGAAUGGAGGGGACAGGAACGGCCUGGAGAUGCCAGCAUUCACGGCUCAGCUCACCAAUCCUUUCCCCCCCGUAGGCUCCCCUGUGGUCUUCGACAAGCUCCUGUACAAUGGCCAUCAGGACUACAAUCCCCAAACCGGCGUCUUCAGCUGUACCAUACCGGGAAUCUAUUACUUUGCUUACCACGUCCACUGCAAAGGAGCGAAUGUGUGGGUGGCGCUGGUCAAGAACAAUGAGCCUGUGAUGUACACAUAUGAUGAGUACAAAAAGGGCAGCCUGGACCAGGCGUCAGGGAGUGCUGUGCUCCCCUUACAGCAAGGAGACACUGUGCAUGUACAGCUUCCAUCUGACCAGGCAGCAGGACUUUAUGCCGGUCAAUAUGUCCACUCUUCAUUCUCCGGAUAUUUAUUGUACCCAAUGUAAAGAUCAACAACAACAAAAAGGGCAUCCACACCACAACUCACUCCAUAGCUGUUUUAUUCAUUUUAAAAUGUUGACCUCAAUAGUGACACAUGACAACGGUGAAAACUCGGCUCAGAAGUAUGCAGGAGUGCUACAGCUAUAGUAUGUUUCUGCCUUUGUAUUGCAGUAUUAGAUGGGUGAAAAAAAAAUAAAAAUCAAUCUCUGCAAUACAUUUAAUUUACCCCAGAAAUUAAUUUGGCAAAACCCUCAGAUAAAUUAUUUGAGAUGUCUGCAUGUUGAUAUUCAGAUAAUUUUGCAAAUUACAAUUUCUUUUGGUUAAUAGGGGGUAAAAAUGUUGCAAAUGAUUGAGAAUACUGACUAUCCCAGUUGUAGCAGUGUCAUCCACCUCACGUGAUUGACAGUGUUUAUAGAGAAAACAUGGUUGCUGACAUGCUAUGGCGCUACUGUGGAUAGCAGCAUAUUACAUUGGAAACCGUGUGUUAUUUUUUAUUAAAGAGAACUAUUUUCAGGAUGGAAUUAUUACAUUUGCCCAACAUGUUCUUCUCCUUAUGUGAAUACAUAGCAUUUGUUUGUAUUUUAUAUUUGCAUAUCAGAUUUAUGUUAUGUGCACUCAGUAUAUCCGUUCUUAGCAUUCCAACAGUCACAGCCAUUAUGACGCCACUAAAGGGCUAGCCGUCUGCCGCAGCUUUCAUAAGCAAGCAUCAACGCAUCAGCUUUACCUGUCAUGCAUACCUAAUGUUAGUACACAAUUAUUCUUCAGAGGUUAUUCUUCCAUGUGUGGACUUUUCAGAAGACAUUCUAAUGUCUUUAUUUCAUGCCAGAUUAUACUUUUGGCAUAUAAGUAACACUGUUACAUUCACAGUAUGUUCCCCUUUAACAACAUGAUUUUCCUGAUCCCAUAGUUCCUCCACGACAGAUUGAUUUCUUUUUUAUCAUCAUCAAUUUAUUCACGUUGUUCCAGAUUAUGCAGUAGUGUCUACCAUUUUUAUUUAUUGAUAUCAUAUUUGGAAAUGAGAUGGUUUCAUGGUUUGGAACCUAAAAUAAAAUAAAAUUGAUAUGCAACAUAGUGAAGACAUUUGGUUGUAAGUUGCCCAUUUCAUCUGUUGUGCAUUAAUAAAUAAAUGGGAGUUAUGGGAGAUUGAAGGUGUGUAUAGUCAACAUUUCCAAUAUGCACAUUAAGUUUAAAAGUCAACCACACUUCUCUAAGGUAUGUGGCAGUAUUCCUCUCUGUCAUUUAUUUGUUUAACUACUGAUUUUGUCUGAAAUUGUAAAUGUGUAUACCUGUUGAGACUGCCUUGAAGGAAAAAAGAAACGUUACCUGACAAUGGUGCUAAACAUAUAACCAAAUGAAGGACUUAGUAUAAUGUUUUUGGCACUAUUAUUGUUUUUCUAAAUAAAGAUGAAGUGAUUAAAACAA